UUAAACCACUUUGGAUUUUUCUCUCACUCAUAAUCGAACCUAAUCUGAACCGACACACGCUUCAAAGAGGCUGUACCAGUUUUGACCCCCAUGAGCACAGCCUCACCAGGGCCGUGUGCUGUUCAAAUUCUUGGUUGCUCCACAAGUCCGUGCUCAUGUCUGUCCUGCUGGAAGCGCACCCCGUGUGCUGCAUCUGGGCGGGAACAGACCUCAUGCCGACGAGUGGCCAGGAUGUGGGGCGCUCUGGAUGACGAAUCCACCAUAUUGGCUCCACGUUCCAGUCUUACGGCCUCCUGCUGUUCACAGCCUGUGGACCUUGACAUCGUGCCUCUCUGACCCUCGGUUUCCUCAUCAGUGACACAGGGCUGCGGGUGACCGGUGGCCACGUGAUAUUCAUUUUCCCUCCCUCAGUAACUGCGUCAGGAUGUUUGGAGGAUCAGCGAGGCACCAGAUGGAAGGUGGCAUCCCUGCCCCUUGACAUUCACUCAGGUGCCCACGUCCUGGUCAUUAGGGUGUUAGCAGGAGUAUGAGACUUCCUAUAGCACAGACUGCUUAAGGGAGCUGACUGAGCUCGGAGGUGUGCUCCUUUGUCCUCCUGCCUGCUCCUUCCUGCUUCCUGGAAUGCAGAUGCGAUGACUGACUCCAGCAGCCAGCCUGGAUGAUGAGGUGACUUUGGGAAGCUAGUCAACAAGGAUGGUCAAACAGAAAGACAAAACAAGCCCUGUCCCUAAUGACGAUGGCACUGCCAUACCAGCACAGCGCUACUACGCGAUAGAACGGAAUUCUCACGCACGAAAGACUACCUCGUUUACGGCAAUCCCGAUCCUAAGGGAAACACGUGAAAAUCCGAAAGUGUCCCCCAAGGCGUCACGUGAGGGAGGGAGGAUAUUUCCAGACACCAAUUUGUGUCUUUUCCUUCCUGAGCCCACCCUUCUCCCUCCCCAUCAGAGAGAGUUUGGGCCUGGGCUUACUUGUUGAGGGAGACUGCGGCUGGUGGACGACCUCUGACUUUGUUUCCAGAUGCCUUGGGCUACAGAGGCAGCAGGGGCUUGUGGGAAGACACAGGUGGGAUUCCCUUUGGAGUGAGGUCCUUCCAUCCCCGAGCACUGGGGACCAGGCACGGGUGAGGCCAGGCUGCAGAUAAGAUGCUCCCCUGUGGGUUUAGGGCACAGAGCGCUCAGCGGCUGCAGAGGGUCCCCCAGCCCGGGUGUGGCUCUGACACCUGCAGGUCCCGUGGCCAGGAGCCCUGGAGGACCCACGGCGUAUCUGUCUGCUCGGCUGCUAUAAUGGAUUCCAUGGACGCGGGGAGGGGCUUGAACCACAGACGUCUCUUGCUUACAGUUCUAGAGGCUGGACCUCCAAGAUCGAGGACGGAGCAGCAGAGGGACAGAGGUCACACAGCCUCCAGAGGCGGAUGCCAUCUGACCCCAGGCCUCCAACCCUGUGCCUGCUGCCCAGACUCACAGACGCACCUCCCUCAGGAGACGGGCUCCGAGCCUUGCUGCUGGGGCCAUCAGACCAAGGCGAGGAGGCUGUGUAGCCACGCCAGGCCAGUCUGGGGGGCGGUGCAGAGGGCCCCCAGCGGGCUGCCUGGGGGUAAAGGGAGCCCCUGGUGUUUGUGGCCGCGCGCCGCCCCAGCGGCUCCUGGCGCAGCUCCGCUGUUCCCCACCUGUGACCCCAGCAGGCCCCUCGCGGGCGGAUCCCCCAGCGGAGCGUGCUGCUGCCGUGCCUCCUUGGCCUCCGUGCAGCCCCCAGGCCCACCCUGUGCAGGGCCUGGCACCGAGCAGCUCCCUUCCAGGCAGGACCUCCCGGGGUGCCGGAGCCGCCUGCGGGGAGCGGCCGUGUCAUCGGCCCCGGGAGCAGGGGCUGCGCCGGGCGCCCGAGCGUGGCCAGCGUUUUAUUUCUCAUAUUGUUUGCAGGUGGUGACUCAGCUGAAUCAUUCAGCAAAUCAAGGCCCAAUCACCACCCACCGUGAAGAGCGUUUAAAGCUGGGCUGCAGUCAAGAUCUCGUUAGGCACUCGAGGCCCCCGGACGCAGAAUCAGUUCCACUCGGCCGGGGUCGAGUCGGGAAGAUUGGAGAGCGGCCCUGAAGACACGGUCCUCCCGGGGCCGGGCCUGCCCGGGACGGGGGCCGAGGGCUGCCCCGAGUUGGUUGCCUGGCAUGGGUGGUAGCACCCCCCCUGGAGUCAUCCAACAGCCCCGGUGAGGGUGGCCUUCCGGAACAUUCCUGCUCUUCCCCUUAAGAUCUGACUCCAAACUCUGGCUCUCAUCA